AUGUUUGUGAUAUCAGAAAAAGUUCUCAUGAAAGAAGUGAAGUGCAAGUCAAUGAUCAACAGCAUACUGUGGCAUGUACUAAUCAGAGAGCUUGUCACAGACUUCACUUCAUCACUUUCACCUUGUUUCUUGACUGAGCUGCUUGGCCACUGUGUGAACCCCACUGACUAUCAACAUUGUGCUGUCGGAGAAGCUCAUGACAGUGAUUAUAAAUUCAGUUUGAAAAUGCUGCUGCACUGCUCUAGUCAGAUCUGA